AUGGAGACGGACGAUAAAGAAAACACCGCGAAGGGCGCGAACACGUACGCGGAGGGCGACGUGCACGACCUCAUGAAGCUGUACUACGCGCGCCUUUUCCCCGCGCGGUCGAUGAUGAAGUGGUUGUCCUACGGCAACGACGGGAAGCACCCGCAGGCAGACGCCGGGUUCACGCAGAGGAGGGAGUUUUGCUUCACGCUGGACGGAGACAUCUUCUGCCGGUACCAAUCGUUCAAAGACGAGAAGGAGCUGCGCGCGGCGCUGAAGGACAAGACGCCGUCGAAGAUCGACCUCGGGCCGGUGUUCAACGUGGACCCGGCGAAGCGCAUGGCGUACGGCGCCGGCGGCGCGGGCGGCGACCGCGUCUUCGCCCCCGUGGAGAGAGAGUUCGUGAUGGACAUCGACAUGACGGAUUACGACGACGUGCGAUCGUGCUGCUCGAGCGCGAACAUCUGCAAUAAGUGCUGGCCGCUGAUGACGAUCGCGGUGAAGAUCAUCGACCGCGCGCUGCGGGAGGACUUUGGGUUCAAGCACCUCCUGUGGGUCUACUCCGGCCGCCGCGGGAUUCACGUCUGGGUCUGCGACAAGCGCGCGCGGUCCAUGUCCAACGAGGCGAGAGCCGCCGUCGCGGAGUACUUCUCCGUGUACAAGGGCACGGACGCGAGCGGCACGGUGAAGCGCGUGUCGCUCACGACGCCGCUGCACCCGUCGUUGAAGCGCGCGUACGACGACGUGUUAGCGCCGUACUGGACGGACACGAUCUUGCCGAACCAAGGCUUGCUCGAGGAUGAAAAGUUUUUCGAGCCCAUCCUCGCGAUGAUUCCCGACGCGAACAUCCGCGACGAGUUCGCGUCGCAGUGGAAGUCCGGGAAGAAAUUCGCCACCUCGGCGUGCCCCGACGAGAGCGUCGCGCGGUGGAACAAGCUCGUCCAGAAGGUGGACGCCGCGAACAACCCCGGGAAGUCCGGGAAACAGUCCUCGUUCGAGAUGAAGUUCGCGCACGCCUAUCCGCGUCUGGACGUGGAGGUGUCCAAGCACAUGAACCACCUUCUCAAGGCGCCGUUCUGCGUGCAUCCGAAGACGGGGCGCGUGUGCGUCCCGAUGGACCCCGCGAAGGCGGAGUCGUUCGACCCCAUGACGGUGCCGACCGUCGCGCAGAUGCUGAACGAGCUCGACGCCGCGGGGGGCGCCGCGGGCGCGGAGGACGAGUACGAGCUGACGUCGAUGAAGGGCGCGGUGGACACGUUCAACGCGACGUUCUGGGACGCGCUCGAUAAGGAGUGCAAGGAGGAGCUCGCGGUGAAGGCGCGCGACGUCGCGGGCGCGCCGACGGUGGAGUGGUAG